CAGCAUUGCCUGAAUAUAUCUAAUUGGAAGGAUUCACUUUGGAUGUAAAUUUUCUAAAUAUCUGUCAGCAAAAGAAAGAUCCGCGAUAACUUGUGUGAUAGGCGGACACAGCUUGAGAGAAAGACAAAACUAAUUAGAGAUUAAAAAGAAAAGGCAGCUCGUCAAGAAAAUCUCUGUUGGAGACGGCAGUAAUAUUUAUACUGAGAGGUAAUGUUAUCGCCAUUUAAAUGUGAGUGCCCUUUGAACAGACGAUACUGCGCUUUGCACUCUAUAUUGCAAACAGAGAUCGAACUAUCUACUACUCUGGCUCAGAGAUUCUUACACCGGUGACAUAACAACAAAAUUAUGAAUUACGGUUUUGGUACUGGAAGUGGUGUUAGUACUUUUAAAAUUGAUGGUAGAACUUAUACUGAGAAAGAUAUUUUAUGUAAGCUUAUUCAGGGUGAUAGUGGAUGGAUUAAACAAUGUUUUACACAAAAUCCACGUUUGAUUCCUCAAAACAGUGUAUGUGGUCUAAGUUUCCUGUCUAUUGCUUGUCGGCUGGGUGACAUAGCUACAGUGAAAUUGCUGAUAGAAAACAAUGCUCAAUGCAAUGUAAAUGCAUUUGAUAAAAAUGGCUUUACACCCUUACAUUAUGCUGUGCUUGGCAACCAUCUUGAGGUGAUGAGCUUAAUGCUGAACUAUGGGGCUAAAGUCAAUAUACAAAAUGAUGAAGGUCAUAGUCCACUACAUCUGGCCAUUAUUAAGAACUAUAUAAAUCUGGUUAAGCCGUUACUUGAAGCUGCAGGAGACAGUGUUAAGGUAUGCAUAAGAAACACUGAUGACACUCAGGCAAGAAUAUUCCAGGAAUUCCGAGGAUAUGAUGAACAAGUAAUACACCAUGAAUUCCGAGGAUAUGAUGGACAAGUAAUGUACGAUACCCGUAAAAAAGUUGGUAAUAAUACAAACCUUCUGGAUCUCGCCUGUGAUAGUAAUAAUGUUGACAUGGUUAAGUUGUUACUGAAAUUUUGUGUGGUAAAGAUGGGUUAUGACACAGCUCUUCAUCUGGCAUGUUGUGUUGGGCACAUUAAGUCAGUAAAGUUGAUUUUACAGUCUGAACAAGACAGCAAUGUUGUAAGGAACAAUGGUUUCACAGCACUCCACAUAGCCUGCGAUAAAGGAUUUACUGAUAUAGCAGACUUGUUAAUACGAUUCAAAUCUGACAUUAAUAUGGUCAGUACCACUGGUGACACAGCUCUUCACAUAGCUUGCAGUAAAAAAUUUGUUGAUGUAGUAAAGUUGUUAGUAAAGUUUGAUGCUGAUGUCAAUAUUGUCAACAGCCAUGGUCACACGGCACUUCACAUAGCCUGCGAUGAAGAAUGUACUGAUAUAGCAAACUUUUUAAUACAGUCCAAAUCUGACAUUAAUAUGAUCAGUACCAGUGGUGACACAGCUCUUCACAUAGCUUGCAGUAAAAAAUUUGUUGAUGUAGUAAAGUUGUUAGUAAAGUUUGAUGCUGAUGUCAAUAUUGUCAACAGCCAUGGUUACACGGCACUUCACAUAGCCUGCGAUAAAGAAUGUACUGAUAUAGCAAACUUUUUAAUACAGUCCAAAUCUGACAUUAAUAUGGUCAGUGCCAGUGGUUAUACAGCACUCCACAUUGCCUGCAAUAAAGGAUUUACUGAUAUAGUAGACUUGUUAAUACAGUCUGGAGCUGACAUUAAUAAAAAGGAUAAAUAUAAUGAAACAUCCCUACAGUGUGCAGUUCUACGGCAACACCAAGAUAUAGUGAAACUGAUACUAUCCCAGGCUGAAGUGGAAUUUGAUAUUCGUAACACUCAUGAUCAGACACCAUUCCUCCAGGCUGUUUCUAAGGGUAACCUUGAGAUCAUGCAGAUGUUAGUAUUAAAAGGAGCAGAUCUUGACGCUAUAAAUAAAGAUGGUGACAAUUGCUUGCAUAUUGCAUUGAGGGAGAAAAUGUUUCACUCUAAAAGUAAACAUCUUGAAAUUUUAGAUGAGAUUUCCUGUCAGCUCAAAGAAGAUAGAUUAUCCAGUAUAGUUGUAGCUGGAUAUCUGGCAACACAAGGAGCAAACUUCUAUCAUAAAAACAAAAACAACACCACACCACUUGACAUCAUCAAGAAUUCAGAUUUGAAAAGCAGACUGGAACUAUAUCUUGUAAAAGUGUAUGAGUGUUAUGUAUGUGGAGAUAAUCGAGUUUCUAUAAAAUUCCACCCCUGCCGACAUAGGAUAAUAUGUGAAGAAUGUUGCUCUAAGAUAAAGAUCAAAAAAUGUAAUCGAUGCAAACAGACUGUGAUUCACAAAACUAGGUUUGAUGGGUCUGAAUUUAAAACAGUAAAUCCACCUCAGGUGUUCAAAAACAAACAACUCAGUGAUGAAAUGAUAUGCACAAUAUGUAUGGAGCAUCGUUGGGAUAUGGUCUUUGAUUGUGGCCAUACCACUUGUAAAAAAUGUGGUGAAGUACUUGAUAAAUGUCAUAUGUGUAGGAAACAUAUUAAGAAAAAGAUUAUGAUACAUUGAUUAGUUCCUUACUUCUACUUUUGUCUUUGCUCCAUCUCUCAGCUUUCCCACCCACUUUCUACCUUGUCAAUUAACAGAAUUAACAAAUAUGUUUUUGUAUAAGUAUCUACAUAUUCAUAUAUAUGUGAGUAUAUAUGUGUGUGUGCGUUUAUAUCUGUAUAUAUAUAUAUAUAA